AUGUCUCCAACAAUUAGUGCUACUGAUGCUCUUAUACGUGAUUAUGAAAGUAAAGCACUUUUUUGGUUUCGUUGGGCGACAAGUCUCAUCGAAUAUGUAUUUACAUUUUUAUUACUUGUCACUGGUGAAUGUCUUGAUCAUGCAUUAGCUAUUGAAUUUGCACGUGAAGCUCAUCGUCUUGCUUUAUUAGAUAUACAAAAGAAACCAUUGGAUGUUCUUAAACAUUCAUUUCAACAAAUCUCUGGCAAAGAACAUACCCGUAUUUAUACUUAUCGAUGUGAGCUUAGUGAUUUGAAUGCACUCAAAUACACAAUAACAGCUAUUUGUGAAGAAUUAACUGAUAAUAUUUCAGUAUUAGUCAAUCGUGCUGCAACAGUUCAUUUUAAAGAUAUUCUAUCUCAUACAGAUGAUGAAUAUCAAUAUACAUUAAUUGUCAAUACACUUGCUCCAAUACUUAUUACUGAAGAUUUACUUCGUGGAAUGAUAAUUCGUAAUCAUGGGCAAAUUGUUAAUAUUCUCAGUAAUGAAGCAUUGACUGAAGAUGCUUUUAAUUCAUCAUAUUCAUCUUCGAAAGCAGCUUUAUUCAGUGAGUUUUUAUUAUCCUAA